AUGCUAUUUACCAAUGUGGAUGCAUUUAGAGCAGUGUUGAAGGACUAUGCUAUUCAGAAAGGAUUUCCGUUGGUGAGAUUGAAAAAUGAAAAGAGCAGGUGCACUGCCAAGUGUGGUGCUGAGGGUUGUAAUUGGAGGAUUCAUGCAUCCCUAGUUGCUGAUACAACCACAUUCAUGGUUAAGACAUAUACACCUGAGCAUACGUGUGUCAUGAAUAGGAAAAAUUCAGAAGCAACAUCUGAUUGGAUUGCAAAGAAAUUAAUUUAUGUUAUGAGAGAUCACCCAGAGAUGACAAGUAAGGGAGUAAAGGCUGAAAUGCAGAAGCAUGGAGUCUUGCCAAGUAGAAUGCAAAUUUACAGGGCAAAAAAUAAAGUCUUGGAACAGAUAGAAGGAUCACACAAUGAGGCCUAUGGAAAGUUACCAAAAUAUGCUGAACUUUUGAGGAUGCACAACCCAGGAAGCAUCAUGAAAAUUCACUAUGAUAGGCCAAACCUUCUUAUAGAGCCUAAAUUUCUAAGAUUGUUCAUCUCUUUCAAGGCACAAAGAGAUGGUUUCCUGGCAGGUUGCAAGCCAUUUAUUGGCUUUGAUGGUUGCCAUUUGAAAGGUGCAUUUGGGGGCAUUCUGUUAAUUGCUGUUGCUCUUGAUGGGAACAACAGUUUGUUUCCAUUAGCUUUUGCUGUUGUAGAGUGUAAAAACAAGGAAGCUUGGAGUUGGUUUUUUUAUUAUUUUCAGGAAUUCUUUGGACCAUUUCCAACCAAUAUUUCACUCACCUUCAUGAGUGAUAGACAGAAGGGACUCAACCUUGCUUAUGAGGAACAAGUGCCUGAAGCUGCUGCACGAUAUUGCUGUUGGCACAUCUACUACAACUUCAAAGUGAAAUUUCCAGGAUCGCUUCUAAGGAGAUUUUUUUGGCAAGCAACUAAAAGCUAUGAUCUGAUAGGACACAAUGAGGCUAUGGAAAGAACAAAUAAUAUUAACAUAGAUGCUUGGAGAUACUUAGUAAAUAUUCCUAAGUGUAACUGGGCAAGGCAUGCAUUUUCUAUUGAAAUUAAGUGUGAUCAUGUUACCAAUAAUUUCACAGAAUCUUUUAAUGCAUGGGUUGGAGAACUGAGAGGGAAGAAUAUACUUGCUCUGGCUGAUGGACUGAGACAAAAAUUCAUGAAGAAACUACAUAAGAGGUAUCAAAAAGGCUGCACAUGGACAUCUAGUGUUACUCCACAUAUUACUAGUAAGUUGAAGGGUAUUGCGGCUGAAUCAAGAAGGUGUUCACUAACAAUGGCAAGUGAGAACACAUUUGAAGUAGCAGAUGUCGAUAAGUCCUAUAUAGUCAAGUUGAUUGAGAGGACAUGUGCAUGCCGGGCUUUCCAGUUGACUGGCAUUCCUUGCAAGCAUGCUGCUCUAGGAGCUACUUAUAGAAGGGAGAAACUGAAAGGCUAUUGUGAUGCAGCCUUUUCCAAUGAUCAAUAUUUGAAAACAUAUGCAUUCAUGAUCAACCCAAUUUUACAUAUGAAUAGGUGGCCUCCUAUGGAAGAUGUGACACUAGCAGUAGUUUUGCCACCACCACUUAGAAGAAGAGCUGGCAGACCAAGAAGAAAUAGAAGAAGAGCACCUGAUGAAGGAGCUUCUGCAUCUCAACACAAGAGAUCAAUCAGUUUCAGGUGCUCUAAGUGUGGUGCAUUUGGACAUAAUAGGAGAACUUGUCAAGGAGCUCCUAUUGCUGAAAAAAGAGGCAGCAGUACUUCUACAAAUCAGGUAUCAAGUCGAAGAGGAAGACCAAGAAGAGGCAUUGCCAAUACUGGAUUAGCAGGAUCUGUUCUAUGGGAACAUGCACAAGGAAAUGUCCCAGUCAUUGUAUCAAGUCAAGGGAGUAAUGGAAGCACUCAAAAUCAAACUGCUGGAGCUAAUGUUCAACUUAAUCAUUCUGCCUGCACUAGUACUAAUACCAGAAAGCAAUCCUCAUCAUCUAGAAUGAUGUUUUUAGAUGAUGUUUUCUGA